AUGUUGAAAAUAAUUGCCCUUCUUUUCCUAUCAACAACUCUUUAUGCAUUGAAACUACCGCUAGUUCCUCCCGAUCAGGAUCCUUUUUACGUGGCGCCUCCUGAUUAUGAAUCUGCUCCAUUGGGAACCAUACUAAGAUCACGACCAACUCCUAACAAACUAGUCAAUCUAUGUUUCACUUUUGAGCUAAAACGGUCUUGGCAGAUUUUGUAUCGAUCACAAAACUCCUUUGGUGAAGCGACAGCUAUAGUAAUGACGGUGAUGGAGCCAUUCAAUUAUCAGCCAUCAAAAGUAUUGUCAUAUCAAACAUUCCAAGAUUCAGCCAAUAUCAAUUGCAGCCCCAGCUACGGGUUCCAAUUUGGAGCACCCUUGUCGACAAUUGCUUCACAAUUAGACAUGAGGUUCCUAGUGCCAGCUUUACAACAAGGCUACUUCGUCAUCAGCUCUGACUACGAGGGUUUCAGCUCCAGCUUUGUUGCUGGGAGACAACUGGGAUUUGCAGUUUUGGAUGGAGUAAGAGCCAUGCUAAAUUCGCAAAGCAUUACAGGUAUAGACCCUCUGGCAAAAGUCGUGUUGUGGGGAUAUUCAGGCGGUAGUAUUGCUUCAGGUUGGGCAGCUAGUUUGCAACCCACAUAUGCCCCAGAGUUGAAGCAAAACUUGUUGGGCUGUGCAUUGGGUGGCUUUGUCACAAAUAUAACGGCCACAGCCGAGAUUACCGAUGGAGGGAUCUUUGCUGGGUUGAUUCCAUUGGCACUCCAUGGUUUAUCCAACGAGUACCGCGACUUUAAGGAAAUUAUCAAUGAAAAUGUUGAUCCACAGCAUAUGAAUUUUUUCAAACAAGGUUCAGAACGUUGUUUUGCAGGGGGUUUGAACUUUUUCCGUUUCCGAAGAUUUUUCCAAGGCACUAAUCGUACAUUUCCACGCGGGUUUGAUUUGCUUCAUGAUAAAACCAUUGGCAAAAUCAUUGAAGAUAACUGUGUUUGCCACUUGAAUCGGACUUUUCUACCGCAAAUUCCUAUUUUUCUUUACCAUGGUUUAUUUGAUGAGAUUGUACCAAUAAGUGGACCACGCCAUAUUUACAAGCAAUGGUGUUCUUGGGGCAUCGAAUCAUUGGAGUAUUCAGAAGAUUUAUUAACAGCGCAUGUGGGACAGCAAAUUAUUGGUGCUGCAGCGGCGUGGACUUGGAUUGAGAAUAUAUUUAUUGGGGUGAAACCAGUGAAAGGCUGCUCUUAUAUACAACGUUUAAACAAUUUGUAUUUUUAUCCUGGAGUGAAGCAGCAAAUCAAGGACUAUUUCUUGGGGCUUGAGUUUAGUAUUCUCGAUUACAUCAUAGGUGGGAAGUCAUUUGACUUUAGUAGUCUCUAG